AUGAAAAGGAUACCUUGGUGCUUCUUUCUCCUAGGUGCGGCAGGAUUUGCGCUCGGUGUUCUUCUUGGCAGGUUGGAGUUAGUCCCAUCGGCAUCAUGUCACCAAAAGGAAAGCGAGGACGCCUUCCGGUUGGCUUAUCAAGCGGCUAACCAGGUUGCGGAAGCCAGGGGAGUCAAAGUUUUCGAGGUUGGGUUCGGCGUCAAUGUGCGGAUCCUUUCCUUUGGCCGCAAAACGUACGCGAUGGUGUUGCCCCGCCGGGAAUCCCAGGUCACAGCCCCUGAAGUCCCUGAGGCUAUUAUGAAGACCGGGCGGUGGAGUCCGGAAGAGACCCGAGGUGCAGUCGAAAUCUUUUCACGCAAUUGCGGAAAGAGAGGCGCCCCUCAGCUGGUUCUGGACGUCGGUAGCCACGUGGGAUACUACAGCUUGCUCGCUGCAGCCUUUGGCUGCAAAGCUUUCGCUUUCGAUGGUAACAAAGAAGUCCUGGCAUAUUUGAACAUGUCAAUUGCCCUGAAUGAUUUUUCCAACCGCGUCCGAGUUUUUGAGGGGAUUGUAUCGAAGGCCGCGGACUUCCAGUUCGACGGAUGGACAGCUCUCCCCAAGAACGUUUCAAAUGCAGCACCCGUUCCGUCGCACGCCGCGACCAAGGCGGUGGUGCUCGACGACGUCGUCCGCCAGCCCGUACUGUACGUCAAGGCGAGUAACUGUCACCAUUUUGCAAUCGGCUUGCUGGUAGAUGUUGAGGGGUGGGAGCCGGCUGCCUUCUUGUCAGGAAGGCGGAUAUUCACGAAAGAGUCUCCCCUGUACGUCUUUUUCGAGAUGACGUACUAUCUUUUGGGAACGUGGAAGUACGAGUACCUGGAGGUUAUGCAGAUGCUGAAGGCUGCAGGAUACAUGUGCAAGUCGUCCAUUCUGCAAACGGUCAUAACGCUGCCCGAGACGAAGUCACAGUUUGACGACUUGCUCAGGGAUUAUUCCAGCCAUUGUGAUCCCACGAAGAUACACUACUGUCAGGACGAGUUCCUUUGCGUGCAUCCCUCGGCCAAAUUUAGCCCUAUCGCUUCGAAGCCAGUGCGCUGA